AUGUCAUUAUUAAAAUAUUUUCUAUUUUUAUAUCGUAGUGAAUCAUUUAAAAAAUGUUUAAAAUAUAUUGAAAAUGAUUGGAUGCAAGUUAAUGUUAAUGAAGAAAGAGAAAUAAUGUUAAAAAAUGCAAAAUUUGGUAGAACAAUUUCAAUUUGGUGUACUAUAUUAAUGUUUAGUGGUGGUUCUGGUCAUCAUUUUUUUAAACCAUUAUUGUCAGAUAGAAUAUUAACUAAAAUGAAUAUUAGCGUUAAACCAUAUCCAUCACCAAGAUUUAUUGCUAUUGUAAAGCAGCACACGAGAGUAUUGAGUUAUGUUUCUCAAUUAGAAAUGGUAUUUAGUGAAAUAUUUCUUGUCGAAAUAUUAGGCUGUGCCAUCAAUUUGAGUAUAUUGGGAUAUUUUGCAAUAUCGAAUUGGAAGGAGGGAAACAUUGCUAAUUUUAUAACAUAUAUAAUUUUAAUAAAUGUUUUUAUUUUUAAUAUUUUUAUAUAUUCCUAUAUUGGAGAAAUGCUUACUAUUCAGGCUAGAAAAGUCGGUGAAACGGGAUAUCUAAUAGAUUGGCAUCAAUUGCCAAAAAAUAUUUCCCUUGAUUUGUCAUUUUUCAUUCAAAUUUGUCAAUUUCCAAAAAAAAUUACAGCGGGGAAAAUUGUUUUUCUUUCUCUUGCUUCAUUCACUGCGAUAAUGAAAUCAUCUGCUGCUUAUUUUAAUAUUCUUUGG